GGCUGCCGCCAUGGCGGACAGCGGCCCCGCAGGGGGCGCGGCGUUGGCGGCUCCGACCCCCGGACCGGGCAGUGGCGGCCCAGGGCCCCGCGUCUACUUUCAAAGUCCCCCUGGGGCUGCGGGCGAGGGCCCGGGCGGCGCGGACGACGACGGCCCAGUAAGGCGCCAAGGGAAGGUCACCGUCAAGUACGACCGUAAGGAGCUACGGAAGCGCCUCAACCUGGAAGAGUGGAUCUUAGAGCAGCUCACGCGUCUCUACGACUGUCAGGAAGAGGAGAUCCCAGAGCUGGAGAUUGAUGUGGAUGAGCUCCUGGACAUGGAGAGUGAUGAUACCCGGGCUGCCAGGGUCAAGGAGCUGCUGGUUGACUGUUACAAACCCACAGAGGCCUUUAUCUCUGGCCUGCUGGACAAGAUCCGGGGCAUGCAGAAGCUGAGCACACCCCAGAAGAAGUGAGUCUCCAACCCUGUGAAUGGUGGCUCCAGGACAAUCGCUGCCCUUCGACCUCGUAGCAACAGCAAUAUUGGGGCCCUGCAGCCAGGCCUGGUGCCAUGAGCAGGGAUCCCUGUGCCCCGGCCCAGGGGCUUCUUCCCUUGCCCCCUCAGUUUUCCAUUUUGGGGGGUUUUUUAUUAUUAUUAAAGUGAUGGGACUUUUUGUGUUUUUAUAUUGACUCUGCGGCGCGGGCCCUUUAAUAAAGCUAGGCUACACCUUUGAUGCAGCU